AUGGUGAGGACCAGAGGAGCACACUCAAAGAAAACUCCAACCAAUCUCUCGAAACCUCUGUCUGAAACACCUGACAGCACAGCCUUGUCGUCUGCCUCUGCUCUUCCCAAGUCCGUCUCGACGCCUAGUUCAUUUGCGGGGACAACACCCAAAAUGAAGCCGCGUAAGAAGACAACUCCGGUUCCCACGGCGACCCCUCUGGUGUUCCCCGAUGUUGAUGCUGCUGUCCCUGUGUCGUCACCACCACCUAAAGGGGUGGUGACCGAAAAGGAAUCUGUUAUUCCUUCUUCUCAGAGCGCUCCAACCAACAAUACUAGGGCAUCCGAAAAAGGGUCUGUCAAACCCUCUCCACCAAAGAAGUCGUCUCUCCCACCAAAGACAUAUGCCAAAGGUUUUUUGAAGAGGAAAACGCCCUCCGAAUCGACUGUCUCUCUAUCCUCGGUCAAGAAACGUCUCAAGGACAACCCACCAUCACCGUCCACUUCUGAGGCAGAUGAAGAAGAAGAAACAGUGGCUGAAGAAUCCACAGAAGAUAUCCCAGAGAAAGUGGUCUCUCACAAAGAGCUGUCUCAGGAACCUGAAGAAGCAGCCACCGACUCUAAGCCAAGGGAAGAGGAAGAUGUUGCGUCGUCUGAUCCAGAUGUGGACACAGUCCCAAGCCCUGUCGCCGCUGUUCCCAGUCCUGUGGUAACAAAACCCUCAUCCAAGGGGAAAGGCAAGAAACCCAUCUCUCGGUCUAGUACUCCUCUUACUAAGUCAGUGGUAAAAUUUCAACCUCACUCUUAUUCCUUCUGUUAUAAUGAUAAUGAACGAGAUAUGAUGUUGUAUGCCCAUCGUAAGUUCCUUCCCGAGAGGAAUUUUGUUCUUAGUGAUCAUAGGUCCUUCGGAGUUCUCAUCUUGCUUCAAACCCGUGAGUGGGUUGGGUCCCUGGUGAAGCUGUCUGGCUAUGUGGAGCGUGUUGUGAAGGAGUUUUAUGCCAAUCUUACCCAUGAUGUGCUUGAUCCAAAGUCCCCUCACUUCGAAAAGGUUUAUGUCCGCGGACAAUGGUACUCCUUCACUCCUAAAGAUAUUGCAAUCACACUCCAAAUUCCGAUUGCAACUGUUGAAGACCAAGCUGCUGAAACACUUGAUCGCGAUGAAGUAUUGUCCGAGCUCGUGGGACAACGAAUGCAGUGGUCUCCCAACACUGUUCUGCUGGUCACCAACCUGACAAAUACGUAUGUUGUGCUCCACAAGUUUGCCACUACAAACUGGAAGCCUACGUCUCACACUAACACAAUUUCUUUUGUGUAG